AUGAAAACCGACAUAUUCUCUAAACCAAAACAAAUUGAGAUCAAAAAAGAACCACCCUCACGUCCACCAACACCAUCUGCGAAACUCUCAGAUUCCGAUAUCGAAGACUUGUUCAACCAACAAAUACUUCGGGAAACUAUGGAACACCUUUCCGACGACGAAUCUGAAGAAGAAGAAUAA